AUGAAUACCGGAAUUUAUGAAAUCAAUCUCAACGAAAACAAUUCUCUCGCUUUAAUAGGAAGUAUCGCAUUUUUCAUCAAUGAAAUGCUUUAUGUUCCAUUGUUAGACAAACUCGUUCUUACAUCAGCAUCAAAUGUGUUAAAUUCCAUCGAAGAUUUUGAAAUGUAUUCUCUCGAUCUGCAAAAUUCAUCUUUAUUAACUAAAUUAGCCGAGAAUCAAGCAAUUGAGGAAGAUUUGCAAUUAUCUAAUGAUGGAAAACGAAUUCUUUUUUUAACUUUAUCAUUAGCAUCAUCAAAGAGUCAAAUGAGCAAUACUCAAGGUCGUCUCUAUUCCAUCGAUCUAUCGAAUGGAGAAUUGCAACACAUAGGAGCAAAUAUUUCUGCUAAUAUUGUCGGAUAUGCAUGUCAAUCUGAUGAAAAUAUUCUUAUACUUGGACAAUUAGGAACACAAGUGCAGAUUUACGCGAAUCAGUCUUCAAUUCAUUAUCUGGGAUGGAAUGGAACUUAUGAAUCACUUGUGACAUCAAAGAAAAAGAAUUUCAUCGCAUUUGUUCAUUCGUCGUUUGAUAAACCUAUGAAAGUUUACAUCAUUGAUCGUAUAGAUGAACUCUCGGUGACCCAAUCAAUAACAAAUCACAAUGAGUUAUUUACCGAAAGAAAUUUACCUCACGGGAAAGUUUAUUCUUGGAAAAAUCGAGAUGAUAAUCAAACGAUCGAAGGAAUUUUAUAUUAUCUAUUCGAUAAGCUUCAAUCGACAAAUCGUCCUCUCUUAGUUCUUUGCCAUGGUGGUCCAUAUUACGCAAGUGUCAAUCAAAUGAAUUACAAUGGAGCAAAUUGCGCUCCAUUAGCUGCGUUACACGGCUGGCUUGUUUUAGAACCAAACUAUCGUGGAUCAACAGGCUAUGGCGAUGUAUUUCUCAAUGAAAUCCGUCAUCAACCUUUAUCUCCACCUGGAAAAGAUAUUCUCUUUGGUAUUGAUAGUUUAAUUCAAGAUGGAAUUGUCGAUUUUCAAAGACUUGCCAUUGCAGGUUAUAGUUAUGGAGGAUUUCUAACGAAUUGUUCGACUUGGGGUAUUUUGGAUAUGCCUGUUCUGAUUGAAAAUUUAUUCGGAGGAUUUCCAUGGAAUGUACCUGAUUUAUAUCAGAAAGAAUCGCCAAUUUAUAAGUUAGGUAAGGUUCGUACACUAACACAUAACAUCACGGGUGAAAUGGAUGUUCGAGUUCCUCCGAGUCAAAGUCAUAUUCUUGAACGCGCACUUUACUAUCGAGGAGUGCCAGUAGAACUUCUCAUUUUUCCUCGUGAAAGUCACGCAUUCAAUCAAAAUCCGAAGCAUCAAAAUAAAGUUCAACGAGAACUUCAGUGGUUACACAAAUAUCUCUGA